CACAACAAACUUUUCUCAAAUUCAUUUUUCACCCCUUAUCCAUUUUCAGAAACACUUCUCGCUCUUACUAUCACUCUCACUCUGCCCAGUUCCCACUCCAUUUACCAAAUCAUGUCCCCUACCUUAAACCCUCAUCCUCAAAAUUCAAACCUUUGAUUCCAGGAUAGUGUCUUCGUUAUCUCAAUCCUUUCAUGCUCCUUUUACCUGAAUAGUUGACAUUAAAGGGUUUCAGAUUCCAUAGAAUAACACUAAUACCCACGAACAGGCUAUUUUUCUUCGUAGAUUCUUAUGAGCUGCGUAGCUAGUUAAAUGAUUAAGAUGGCUUCUUUUUCAGGAACUUGGAUUUAUCAAGAUAGAUUUGUUAGUGGAAAGCCUGGUCUAAAUCAUCUGCAGACACCAUUGUUGUAUGCUUCAUCCCUGCUUCAUUUAGUAUUCAGUGCUAUACAUAUAUAAUUUUGUGCACCAUGCAGACACAAUUUGUAGGCUCAUUUUCAGCUGGAAUAUUGCAAGUUAAAUUUGGUUCUAAACCACUUCUAAAGGCUCCAUUGCUCCCUUCUAUAAAGUGCGAGAAGAAGGAUGAUUACAUUGAACAUGUAUCUGUUGAACGUCCUCCAUACCAUAGUUAUAUGGACCCCACAUCUGGGCGACUUGAACCAGCAUCUGGUGCUCGUGCUAGUAUUCCGGGAGAAGAGUACUGGCCAGAAGGCACUGCUGAUCGAGUUAGAGCUGCCAGGGCGCCUGAACCAACAGGCACAUCAACAGGAUCUCCAUCUUAUGGUGAAAGGCCUGGAAGUAGGAGGAAGAUGUAUAGAGCAUCAGCUGUUGCUCCUGAUACUUCUACAUUAAGCAUAGAAACUCAAGAGGAACCUGAAAUUGUUGAUGAGACAACGGAAGAACCUAAAGAUGUCUUAUCUGAUUAUGUAGUUUUUCAGGCAGAAUCUGAGGAAGAGCCACAGGAUGGGUAUGGCAUAGACAAGAAACUAGGACGCCCUCAUCCCUUUAUUGAUCCAAAGGUGAAGAAGCCAAUAGAGGGGACUCUUACAAGUGAAGAAUCAUGGUGGAACUGGAGAAAGCCAGAGAAGGAACAAUGGUCCAGAUGGCAAAGAAGAAAGCCUGAUGUGGAAACGGUUUUUCUCAAAGCUAUGGCUGAAACUGGGCAAGUGAAGCUUUAUGGUGAGACUCCAACAUUGACAGAGUGUGCUCUUUACAGAGCUAGAAAACAUCUUUUCAAAGAAGAAAGGCUUCGAACUGAACAAGAGAGAUUAGAAAGAAUAGGUCCUAUGGCAUAUUACUCGGAAUGGGUAAAAGCAUGGAAGAGAGACACCUCACGUGAAGCUAUUCAGAAGCAUUUUGAAGAAACUGGUGAAGAUGAAAACGCCCAACUGAUUGAGAUGUUCAGCUAUCAAACUGAUCGAGAAUACCGCAUAAUGAUGGGGACAGAUAUUCGUAUCCGCAGAGAUCCUUUAGCAAUGCGAAUGCGAGAGGACCUAAUAAAGCAAAUUUGGGGUGGAGAUCCAGUUUACCCAACAAUCAACUACAUACAAGAUCCCAACGAAGUCAUUGAUUACAGGGGUCCUGAUUUUCAUGAACCUACACCCAAUAUGCUGGCGUUCCUGAAAGAGCAUGGAAAAAUUGUACCCAGGGAGGAUUUCGAAAAAAUUCUGGCAAAAGAGAAGACAGAACAAUUAGAGAUGACUGACAUGGAUGAAGCUAUGUCACAAGCUGUUGACAUCGGUGAAAAUGAUGAUGAAGGAGAGGAUAGUGAUGAUGAAGAAGAAGAAGAAGAAGAAGAAGAGGAGGAGGAAAAAGUAACACGCAAUUGGAGUGUUCUAAAGUCUACUCCCCAGCUUCGCAAAUCAAAGGCAAAACCCAAGAAGGAUGGGGGCAUGUCUCUCGAAGAGGCAAUUGAAGAUUCAGAGAACUUGACUGAUUUUCUUAUGGACUUUGGAGAAGAGGAGCAAUAGCUCAAUUUAUUACUUUAAAAGUUUUAAACAGGGAAGUUUUGUCAAAGCCCUAAAGAAAUCAUUGGCCCAGAAGGGCCAUAUGUAUUAUCAAAGUCGAUCAGAUCAAUGGAAGAUUUAGAGUUGUUUGCCAAA